UCUAUUUUUGGAGGUGUGCUCAUUUACCACAGCUCCUCCUUCAUGAGUCAACCUGCAACUCUCCUUCCUCAUGAACCCUCAGCAUCUGACUGCUGCCACUACUUUUUCUUUGCUGUCUCUUCCCUCCACACAUCAGAAGCAAAAUGGCCUCUGGAGUAACAGUUGCUGACGAAGUAAAGGACAUCAUCAGUGACAUGAAAGUAGUGAAAACUGAUGCAAAUCAGAUGGAACGCAUAAGAUUAGUUGUACUUGAAAUCAAAGAAGGCUCAAUCAUCAUUGAGAAAAUUUACCGGGAAAAAGAUCUGACAGAAGUGGAUGAUGUCUUCAAGUUCUUCCUGGGUCUGCUGGAUCCAAACACAUGCCGCUACAUGCUGUAUGACUGCCACUUUGAGACAAAGGAGUCAAGUAAGAAAGAGGAGCUGGUCUUUGUGAUGUGGGCUCCUGAGUCUUCACCCAUCAAAGCAAAGAUGCAGUACGCUAGCUCGAAAGACUCUCUUAAAAAGAUCCUGACAGGUAUCAAGCAUGAGCUGCAGAUGAAUGACCUUUCAGAUUAUGGAACCAGGGAUAAUUUUGCAGAGAAAGUGGGAAAAGGCGUUAUCAAAGUUGAAGGUCAUCCUGUCACUGGCUACUAGUGAACUAAGCAAUGAACGAUCUCUUCCUUGUUUCAAAUAAAGUCAACUUAAACAAAUUUGAGAGGGUGAUGUCAACAUUUCCAAAUGAUGUGACUGUGUCGAAGCUUAAUGGGAAGGGUUGGGCUCUGAAUGGUAUUGGGGUAUAUCCCAGUAACACAAACCACUGAUGUCCUUUCUGUGUUAACGAUUUGUAGCACAGUUUGGCAGCUUUGUGCAGAAAUUAUUCUUAAUUUGGAUGGCCAUUUAUGUCUGAGUCUAAACAUAAUUCAGCCAGUAAAUCUAUUUUUGUGUACAAAGUUUUUGCAUAUUCAGUGUAAAUUUCAUUUUAAAGUCAUGAGUUGUUCCAUGCUUACAAUGUGCUAUUAAACACCUUCAGCAUAUUGGGUCAAAAUGCCUUGUUUCAUCACCAAGAUCACAAAUGACAAACAUCACUUAAUUCAAUCUAAUUCCAUCACAUUUUAUAAAUGGUGUUAUUGUUCUACAUAUCAGUGUUUGUGCAGAAUACAAGAGUUCAUGUUUGACCUUUUUUGGAUAUGAAAACAUUGUACUUUUUGGUCAUAGAAAUCUGUGAAAAAUUCUCAUACUUGGUAUAUGAACUCUUGAAUGAAAAUAAAUAUUUUGCAUUUAACCCAA